AUGAAUCCGUUGAGUCGUCCAUCAAAACAGCAAAAAACAGAGCUCUAUCGGCUUGUAGGUUCGACUAGAAGGAAGUAUCCUGUGGUGAUCAGAGAAGAUGGUUUCAGAUACUCUGUAAAUGCGGCUCCGUCGAUCUGUCAGCAGGAUGGAAGAUGAUAGUUGCGCUUGGCCUCAGGUUGCAGUCUGAGGCCUUGGCAGACGGUCGGAUAGCUAAUAAAGAUUAUACAAAAGGAAUAUCGAUGGUCGUUUUAAGGAGGCAGUUUGUUUGCCAGGGGAGUCUGUCUUUCGCGCAGGAAGAAGGCCAAGUGCUCAGUCACGCCUUUAGGCACUUUCUGACUAAUUGCGGCUACAUGUUUACCGAUACAAGGGGGGCUAGGACACGAAUGGGAAACCACCGUAACUAGAUUCAUGUAACAUGUCUACUUAUUUAAUUUAAGUAGUUUAAUAUGCGUUAUCAAUAAUUCCUGCGGCUAACUGACGCUAUCAAUGCCUUCCACGAAAGUAUAAGUGGAGUUUUCAGUCGAGAAAGUAGCAAAAAAUUGAAAAGGUGAAUAGGAAUCCUCGUAAUACAGGCUACCUUGCGCUAACUUCCAAAGCGACCAAGGUUAGGGUUAAGGUAGAGUUAGGGUUAACGUUAAGGCUAGUGUUAAAUUUUGGAUUAGGGUAAAGUUUGGAUUAAAGUUAGGACGCAUGAACAGGUGCAGUGAACCUACUUGGGGUACCUGUUUCAAAGCUACGCCUUUCGCUUUUAUCAAUGGUGGUCUGGUUCUCGGCCAACCACAGCUACCCAGACGGGCCAAUUGACUUCAAAGCCGACUUAGACAUAUUCUCGCACAAGGCAAUGCGACGACUCCACCACUCUCACUUGAGACGCCGGCUCCCUCGAUGCCGAACGUGUGCCCUGCCCGACCGCCAAAUGUUCAAACUUGUGUCCUCCUCUUUCUGUACAUGAUACAAUAUAUUCUCAAUUGGCGUCCGACUCCAUUUUUUAUUCGGGACCGAGCCUCAAGGUCGUGGUGACCAGGGAAUCCCUACGAUUAUAACUGCCGCGUUGUAGGUACUCUUCCUGGAACUUAGCGAGUGGGUAACUGUAUUACAGGUUACUUUUCUCGUGUCAAACGCUAAAAAAAGUUUAAUCCGGUAGGUAAUCAGCAAUUAAAACCCUCGGAAUUCGAAUAUUUUUUCAGAAAAAACUAAGAGAUUAUUAUUGGCAUACAUAUGGCUACCUAAUUAAAAUAAGUAGGCAGGAUAUAUGAAUGUAUUUUACGGCGUUCCUAUUGCCAUGUCAUACCUAGCGGGGAACCCACAACUAACUAACAUGACAACUUCCGAAUGAUUCUGACCCGGAGGACAAAGCAAUGGCUACUGAGCAACCCAACAGAUACGAUAACUUUGGGCUUCUGCCACUAAUGAGUUGGGAAUCCAUGAGGACUACUAUUUGGGCCUCUUCAGCGGCAGCCUACCUUGCGAGCCCAACGGUCGAUUGAAGGAGACUAUUCAGCAAAAAUAAAGUGUUUCGAAUGAAAUAAAAUUAGAAAAUUAUAUGUUUUCCUGAUUGAACGUUUUGUUCUAAUUCUAAGAGGAAAUUUUUAUCAUAUGUCCUUAUAACUUCGAUCAGGACGUCCAAAUACAAAGAUACAGCAUAAUUUUGGGAUAGGCAUCUUCAAACCGUUUUUAUAGUUCAGUAUUAUUAUACCGUUCUAUAGCGAGGCCCCAUACACACCAAACUGUCUUGUGUUUUAGUCUUCUACGGAACGACCAACGCAAAACCGUCAAUAUUUUAAGUGGAUGGCAGACGACCCUGAUUCUGGGACGAACAUCAUAAUUGCGGCCACAUUUUUGAUUCUCUCUUUGGAGCACCAUAGACUUCGCAUGUGUUUGCCGUACUCUCGUGUUAAAUUGACGGAAACCCAACAGCUGUCUCGAUAAGCGGUUCCCCAGAAAACUUGCCUACUUGCAAACUUUUAGUACACAAACUCAUUUUAUCACAUUCUCGAUUCGGGUACUGGUUGAAGUUCCAGGCGCGUGUUUGGACGAUUAAAAGUAGCUGCGUGAUAUAACCGUGAUGACUUGGUUCAUCCCUUUCAAAACGGCUUUAAUAACUCAAAGGAACCGUAUAUGUGUAAAUUGCUUAAAUGCAGUCCUACCACGGCCGCGCUGAACCGAUGGAUGGAGCCACAAUGCGGCCCAGUCGUAAAAAAAACCAAUUAGAGUGAAAAUUGUGUGCGUAUUAAGUCAACCACAUAGUGCGUACCAGUUCACGUUUGCAUUUGGAUCUAAACGGAAUGAGUGCGAAGACAGUCAAAAAUGCACAGUAUACCUCGGCUAGCUUAUAAUUAAAUAUGGAAAAGACCUCAACUCCUGAAUUUUGCAACCCUGUCUAAGUAGCGGACAUUCACUGACAUCAAAUCCGCCUUCCCAUUUUGCAUAUGCACUUCAACUUCUGGGAUGCCGUCGUGCACUUGGAGACAGCCUACAUUCCCAGGAUUGGAUCUGAAUUGUGAUAUGACGAAUCAUACCAACUAAACUGGCGAUCCUAUUUCUAAUGAACAAGAGUGACGAUUUAAUCCCUUGUUUCUCACUUUUCGUCUCUUUUUUCCAUAUUCCUUUGUAUGGACUGGAGAGCAUUUAACAGCAUUAUUUCUUGGUUCUAAGAUCCGUCACCUGAUUUAAUUAAAAACUGACCUCUGCUUAUCAGGUUUGGAAUACUAAUAUGCAACUGAUGACAUAUGUUGAGAAGUUGUCGUGAAGUUAAGAAAGGCUGGUCUUUUAAAAAAUUCGCCUUUUCUCUCAAUUUACAUCUGACUUUUUUCUCCCUUCCUUCAUACCGUCCACGGGGAAGUGUUGCAUGUUAAUUUGAAGGCUUUCUGUCGAGCACUUCCGCUUGAAAUUGCAUCUUUUAAAUUUAUGCGAAAAGUAGUAGCUAGCUAGGAGUAAAUCAUUUUAUGUAAGACUAAUAGACUUAGAAUGAAACUGGAAAUAGAUUUUUGAUCGUCACCCAUCUGCCGCAACGGAAUAGCCUCGUAAUAAUCAUAGGCUGUGAAGAGAGUUAGUAUUAUAUUUAAAGGUAGCAUGAAGCACCAUACUUGACAGCCUAUAUACUAUCUUGAUACGUAUAAGGACAAUAUGAUAACUGUGUAAUCGCGGUGGAAUCAACCAGGCGACUCUUUUAGCAAAAAUCUACUAACCAUUUUCAACUGCGAAGACAAGUUAGCGAAGGCUUACGUGAUUUUUUUUAAUAAGUUACGACAUGCCGUGGUGCAAAGCGUAUCUAGGUAUCCUACAUCUACGCAAACUGAAAAGUGCGUAGCAUGCGCCCGCCUCAAGCUUUACUUGUCAGGAACUGAGGCAUCUGCGUACAUAAGUCUACUUUAAAUCUAUUUGUCCAAACUAGGCUGGAGAACACGAAACAAUGGCGGCAUUUACAGUUUCACUUAUAACUUUCGAAAUGUACUUUGUAGCUAAUCACUUCCCAUCUCGCUGUUUACGUGGAAAAUGCAUUUUGGCUGAAUCAAGUUUUGUCUCAGUUUCGGCUACGAAAAGUUGAAAGUACUGAAUUCCUCGAUCUCAUUUACUGGUCUUCCUCACCAACACAUCUACACUUGUGCCUCCUAAGAAAGUGCAGUAUAUAAAAACAAUCGGCGCACUAAGUUGCCUUUUUAAUUCAUGGAUAAAGUGUAAAUAAGGCUGAACCAACAUUCCUCCUGGUUUCUGGGGUUUCUCACCACCCAAGUGGUUGGGAGUGUACCUUUUGACGUUUCUUUUAUUCGUACUUUAUUACUGCGAUAAGUAAAACAAUUGUCACAAAAAGCCGGCAGUUCUGUGGAAGGGAGGCUGCUCCCUAAUGUUUUGAGCUGUCCGCAUAAACUCUGGAUCAGAAGGUUUGUGCGGAGGAUAUCUAGUGAGUGUGUUGUGCGAAGGUGCUACGGAAACAAUUCCGACAUCCCACUGUGCUAGCGAGGCCUGUCUGUGGGUACCUUCUCCUACAAAUGUUAACCCAAGAACUCAUUACUUACUUGAGUAAACUGGUCCUUCGUCAGCCUUUCCCGAAGACACCAGUUACUGAGGUCUCUUUUCCGAGCGCACUUGAAAAGUUCCUUUAUUUUGCUACGAUCCAUGUGAAAGAGGCUGUUCCUCUGUCGUCCCUCAUCAGCAUCCUGUGGACCCAGUAGACCCUCCUGGCUUAUCAACAGUUCGACCAGUGGUGUCUGUGAGUUCUCAUCAACGUUUGAUUGAUGAUCAUCUUCCUUCUUCUGGGGAGAAAGGUCUUCUUCUUGGCAAGUGAAUCGGACAGCUGAAGACUUUCGUGAGGAAGAGCGGGAUCUGCUGCGUCGGGAAGACCCGUGCCGCAAAAUUCCUUAAAAUUCACAUAGUAAAACUUUAAGGACGCCAGUUGUGCCUACUAAAUCAACGUAAGUAGAUAUUGUUGGGAAAAUAUUUUAGCAGAUGCUUGCGAGCUGGACAUCGAGGAAGACAUCGAAAACCUUCUCCUUAAACCCCCAUAUUUCAAAGUUAAAUUUAGGCACUGGUGUGCUGUUCCACAAGCAGCAACCCAUCGUCGCUCCACAUAGCGGGUUCAGCAGUUGUGACCUUCGUGUGAACUGGUCUGUUACAAAGGGGAAUUUCCUAAACCAACCGUGUUCCAAUGGCAAGACAGAGUCAAGAAAAUUGUGCAUAAGUGCUGAGGGUCAGUGGAUGACGGAAUGAACAGCCCGUCUACCCGUGCCAUGUGCGGCCUGGCUGGUAUUCCACGCGUCUCAGCGUCCAAGGAUGGAGGCUGUGGUCUCACCAUGCCAUGGCGGUUAUAAUGAGGAAGGGUCACUGCAGCCUGGCCCUCAUUCCUGAACAGUUCCGACUGAUAGUCCGCCUGAUGCGGAUGAGUUCCCUAUUACUGGCCUCAUUCUCGUCCCCCUUCCAAGCAUCAGGGGGUAGUCUGUGUCAUGCCGACUGAGGAUGAGAUUGGGUAGUGUUAAGGAUUUAAUGAAUGAGUGAAUUCCGGACAGGGUGCGAAUUAAUAACGACACUUCUCAGGUGGUAUAGUACUGCGUAAUAAAUGCUCAAGAACUCUUCCAUCCAAUUUCCAGAUAUACGCAUCUGAGACGAAACGACGCACGGCCCCGCUGGCAACGUCAUUUGCUUUUUAAGUGUAGACUUUCAUACAACACAAUAUUGACAAGGACAUUUUGACAACCGAAACCCCAGAAUCGUCCAACAGAGAACUGGACGAAGAGCCUGCCCUCGUAACUACUCUCUGAUGUUAACAGAAGUACUCUGUUCGAGCAAGCCUUAACCUGAGCAGCGCGUAUAUACGGCUAAACGAGUAGAAUAUCACAAAGAAGGUUGAUUGGUAUUCGCUUCUUUGGUCAAAGUAGUAGCAGAAUCUGUGCGAAUAAAGAUUGCCCACGAUGGGUAGCUGAGCCGAGCCUGGCACUCAUAAAAAAUGUAAGCCCUUCCCUCCACUCUUCGUAAUUUUGAGGCCAUUGUAAUUGUACGGGGAGACAAAGGUUAUUCAACGGUACUUUUAGCUUGGAGAUUUUCCGAAUUAUAUGAAAUACUUGGCUCCGAUUCAUGCUUGAAAGAGCAGCAGUCUUUGACCACCAAGAAUAAUAAGUGAGUGAAAACAUCGAAAAAAAAUCGCAAAGAGACCAGGAAGUAAAUUUAAUCCGGCUCAGAGUACUGACUUAAUCUAAGAAAGCAUUUGUUCAGAUUACGAUGUCUUCCGAAAGUCCAUAAACAGAGUUUUUGUUUGUGAAUUUCAGCAUGGUUGCUAGCCAAUAGUAUAGCUUGCCUCCUCUGUGAGCUACUACGCAGUCUUAAGGGCAUACUGAUAAUCAGACAUACAGUUCAAAUUCUUCCCAUUAUAUGAGGAAUGACUAAGUUAAUGUCCAGUGCACGGACAUUUUGGCGAUGGCUGAAACAUAUGGACGGUUCCGAAAACGCCUCCUAAUGCUUGAAAAGACCCUGCAGGCAAUGGCGAUUUAGAUGACGAUAUCACUUCUGUUGCCACUAAAACUACUACUACCAUCACUACUGAUGGUGAUGGUGGUGGUGAUGAUGAUGAUGAUGAUGAUGAUGACGACGACGACGAUGAUGAUGAUGAUGAUGAUGAUGAUGAUGAUGAUGAUGAUGAUGAUGAUGAUGAUGAUGAUGAUGAUGAUGAUGAUGAUGAUGAUGAUGAUGAUGAUGAUGAUGAUGAUGAUGAUGAUGAUGAUGAUGAUGAUGAUGAUGAUGAUGAUGAUGAUGAUGCCCUUGCAGAGUCCGUCCUUCUAGUAACCUAA